GACGCGCGCAACCGCCCCAUCAACGCGACAAUCAACGGCGUCGCCAUCAUGGACGCCCUCGAAGAAUCCUCCCACCCAGCUUCACGACGCGCCGCAGACCGGUUACCCUCCUUCAUCAAAUUCCCGGCGCUGGUGCUCGUAUCUCUCAGCCUGAGCGCUUUCAUCCACACUCUCGCUUCCAACUACACCGGCCCGGAGCUCGGUUCAGUCAGUCGCGAACUGACGGAAGAAUGGCAAAUUGGCGUCAUGGUGGGCUGGAAGCUGUCCGAGUUGGCGGCCGCGUGGUAUCUGCGCUAUGAUUAUAUCGAUCUGGCCUGGUUGACGCUCUUGAGCAAUGUCCCUCACUACUUCCUCCUCCACACCUUCUUCGGCAUCGACCCCCUCGCCGCGCUCGUUCCGCUUGCCAUCGAUGUGGUGACCAUCGCCAUUCCAUUCGCCAUCUUCCGUGGCACUAUCCACGCUCGCGACACAACAGCUCCACGGACACCGAACCAACUCGUGGCACAAGAUACGGGCAUUCUAGUCAUCAUUGCGGCCCUUGGUGCUGCGCUAUACACUAUCACCAUCUACACAAGCUUCUACACUUGGCUGCCCACAUACAUGGUCAUCCAUUUCGAUGGCCUCAAGAGCCUCGAAAAGGCCCACAACGCCGUUGGGCCCAUCCUUGCCAUUCUCUUCCUGCCUCUCGGCUACGGCGCUGCUCACUUGAUCUUUGUACCAGCAAUCGGAUCUCCUGCCAACCCAGGGCGAACGGAUCCUAGCUUAGAGAAGGCUGUGUUUGAUCCUGCGAAUGCCACAUUUGGCCAGACUCUCGCAUACAAUCUCGGCUGCAGUCCAGCGGGCUUCACGCCACGAGCAGAAAUCCUAUUCAAGCGAACUGCUAUUCUGGCAACAUCGACCUUCGUCAACUCACUAGUGCGAUCAUAUGUCACCAUCGAGGGCACAGAGUUCAUGGGCGCUGUGGGCUGGUCGAGCAUCUGGGCGGUGGCUUCUCUAUUGACAGGUCUUGCAUUUUCUUGGGUCGGAGACGAGUAACAGGAGUACCUACUUGGGGAGAGACUGCUCAUCGGCGAGCGUGUAACAGUAGAAUAUGUUGGGCUGCGCCAUAUCAUGUACCCUAUGGAAUGCCCCGCCGCGACGAGGAAUAGCUCGAAGAAGCUGUCGUGUGGCUUGUCCAUCGCGACCGCUCGUCCUCGAACAAGCUCCAGGCGCCGCACUGAGCGACAGGUUCGAUCCGCCGGUUUCAAAGGUCUUCCCAAUCCGACGUGAAAAUCCCAUACCGCGAGAGCGCAAGUCAGUGCAUGCAGGUCGACCCUGCCUCACGAAUGCGCGAUCACCACUUCCAUCUUUCAUUUCAACCCGCGCCUGCUUCCACCUGUCAAGAUACGCAACAUGUAUUGAAGUGCUUGCCUGCAGUGCGACGGGCGCAGCCAAUAUCCACGAUGUCUCACACAAACCAUCGUCUCUCACCAGCGGUGACGUACUACUUCACCACCUACUACAUACAGUAGUACCUGUACCUGCAUGCCGAUUUCCACCCCGUCGUACUGCUUGACCGGCUUCUUCUUCUCCGUCGUCCUCUUCCUAGCACUAAAGCAUCUCGUCCCCUGGCCACAGGUCAUCCACUUCGCCGAACCAAGAAUGAAACGAAUACUCCAUAAAGCAAAGUCCAUUGCCAACAAUGGCAGAUCACAAGAAGCAGCGCCGAUAGAUCCAUCACAACAGCAUAUUCCUACACACGAUGGCACGAUGGACGAAGAGCGGUUUACUGUGGACCCCGUCACCCUUCAAGACGUCACGCGAUAUCGCUAUCAUCACGGUGUCAACCUAGGCUCGAUCUUCAUCUUAGAACGAUGGCUCACACCCUCCAUGUUCUCCGAACUGCCAAAACUGGGAUCCUCGGAACUCGCAGCCGCAGAGUACAACAUUCAACGCUUCGGCCUCGAAGCCGCCCGGGAGAAACAAGAACGUCACUGGCGCGAAUAUGUCACGGAUGCCGACCUCGACUGGCUGAGAGAUGUGGGCAAAUGCACUACCGUUCGUCUCCCGAUCGGAUUCUUCACGCUGGGCCCGGAAUGGUGCAAGGGCACGGCGUUUGAGAAGGUAGCGCCUUUGUAUCAGAAUGCGUGGAAGAAUGUCAGAAGUUUGGUGGCGAGAUUGCAUGAGCGUAAAAUUGGGACUUUGAUUGAUGUCCAUGGACUGCCUGGAGGAGCGAACAAGAACGAGCACUCGGGAACUAACAGUAACAAAGCGGAAUUCUGGUCGUCGAAGAAGAAUUUGGAGCUGGGGACGAGAGUGAUGUGUUUUAUCGCCGAGGAAGCGAAGAGUAUGGCCGGUGUUGCUGGCUUGCAGAUUGUGAACGAGGCGGAGUGGAGUCAUAAUAGCAAGUCUGGAUGGAAAUGGUACGACGAUGUCUUGAGAGCUGUGGGCGCGGUUGAUCCUACGAUACCGAUUUACGUCUCCGACGCGUGGUUCUUCUUGAAAGCCGCGGUACAAUGGAGUCGGACGAGGAAUAUGGCGAAGACGGGAUGCAAUCCUGUCGUGCUCGAUACGCAUCUCUAUUGGUGCUUUGAUCCGCGCCAUGAGUCUCAAACGCCAUAUCAGAUCAUUGAUGAUGUGCGGACCAAGCUCAGUGAGCUGGACGGCAACGAGGGCUCGGUGCACAAGGAGGGUGCUGCCGAGGUCAUUGUCGGCGAGUACAGCUGCGUGCUGGGUGAGCGAACGUGGGCGAAGAGUGGAGGCAAGAGCAAGGAGGAACUCGUUCGGCUCUUUGGGCACGCUCAAUCAGCGCAAUAUCAGCAGCGAGCGGGAGGCACGUUUUUCUGGACCUACAAGAUGGAUUGGAUGCCUGGUGGGGAGUGGGGCUUCAAACAGAUGACGGAGCAGGGCGCCAUCUGCUGUCCAGCGCAUCUGGCGAUGCCUGCUUCCGAGGUCGCUGCCCGUCUGAGCGAGGCUCGUCAGCACCAGAGCGUCGCGCGCAAAAGCGAAGAUGUGGCGAAACACAUCAGCUUUUGGGAUGCGCGCGGCUCAGGCUCGUAUGAGCAUUGGCGAUAUGAGAUGGGCUGGACGAUGGGCUGGAAUGAUGCGAUCGCAUUCUUUGAAGCCCGCAGCAGGCACUUUGGUCUCGAGGGCUGCGACAAGAUUGGUAUGCUGGACCUCUGGAUUCUCAAACGCUUGCGGGAUUGUAGGCAGACGGGCGAGUUUGUGUGGGAAUGGGAGCAGGGCUUUCGGAAGGGUGUCCAGAGCUUCUAUGAGACUGUCGGCAUCUCUGGCCACGAUGGUUCCUAGGAGAUGAGGUUGCCGCCAGCUCAUCCCUAAAGAACAUGAGCUUGAACGUCGGCGGACGGGGAAUUCUCCGAACAUCCUUUCAUGAAGGCGACGGGAAGCGCCCGUUUGAUCUUUAGAGACUGUGCAGCGAGUAAAGCUCGUAACAAUGAGAGCAAUGCCGGCAUCUGAGGCGGGUGGCAAGAAAGUAUCCUAGAAGCUAAAGGGAUUGCCAUAUUGGUAGUCGUGCGACAUUGAUUGCGGUGGUGUCGAAAGGCGCGGGCAUUAAACGAUGAAUUAUGUAGAUCUACAUACCUUAUGAUCUGAUGCUG